AAAACAUAACAGAAAAAUAAACUCAAAUGUGGCUGAAACCUUUAGCGGUUUCAAUGAAUUGUCUUAAGCUGCGCAGUCUGAGCCUAUUUACUUAAAAGGGAGACCCACUAUGUUCCAGGGAACUGACUUCCAAGUACAGUUGAAAUGGACAGCUUUUGAUCACUGCAUAUUUUAUCCUUCGGUAUCUCCAAAGAGCAUCUGGAUAUGCGACUGUAAUUGCUUGAUCUAUGAAUUAGUUAAAAUGUAAAUGAUUAGUUAAAUAAUUAUUCAUUAUCAAAACUGGUUUGGGAGUAUUAUGCAUUGGAAGGACUACAAAAAGUACUUAGGCCAAACCUCGACACGCUUCACUCACCAGUUCCCGAAAGGUCAGUCCUGCCCAAUUAAGAAGAAUGCUGUGUAAUUUAAGUAAGAAAGCUCAGACACACUGUUACAGCCCGGUUUGGCGGUAGUGGUGGAACCGGAUAGCAAACUUUCAACAACAGCCUUGCUGUGCGUGCCAAAACUGAUCAGGACAGAGACUGUACAGCAGGGGAUUUUUUAUUUGCCAAAAAAAAGGGGGGGGGGUGCAAGAAUACCAGGAUAAACAACCAAACCAAAAAAGACAAGAAAAGCAAGUUCAACGUUUUACAGUGGUUCCUUGGUUCUCAAAUGCCUUGGUUUUCAAACGCUUUGGUUCUCAAACUCUGAAAACCCAGAAGCAAGUGUUCCAGUUUUUGAACAUUUUUUGGAAGCCGAACAUCCUAUGUGGCUGUUGGCUAUCGUUUCCAAGGCAUCUGUACCAAUUAGAAGCUGUUCCUUGGUUUUUGAACAUUUUGGAAGUCAAAUGGACUUCCGGAACAGAUUAAGUUUGGCGCUCUUGUUUUUGAUGUUUAAUUUGUGUUUGUUUUUAGGCAUUUUUGAUUAAUUUGUUUUUGUGACUGUCUGGAACCCAGUUCAGCUACUGAUGGAUUGAUUGUGUGAUAGUGGAAAUGGAUAAAAGCCACCCAUCCAAGCAAUGACUAUCAUCAGUGCAGGCUGCUCCAUCAUCUGCCUCUCUGCAUUUGUCAAAAAGGAUGCAAUCUUCUAUUUCAGACUGUCAAUUUCUUCGUCUUCUCCAGCUCUCCUAGUCACCAGAGGGCGCUCCCUGUGCUGCAAAUCUCUACGAAAAAAGAAAAACAACCCAAAGAACUUAUAUUAUUUUCUUCCGAUGUUGUUCCCCGGUGAUGUCUGGACGGGCGGUUCGAGCUGAGACACGCAGCCGGGCAAAAGAUGACAUCAAGAAAGUGAUGGCAGCCAUCGAGCAUGUCCGCAGAUGGGAAAAGCGGUGGGUGACGGUUGGGGACACAUCUCUUCGGAUCUACAAGUGGGUACCUAUUGUGGACCCCCGAGAUGAGGAGAAAAGGCGGCUGGCAGGCAACAGCGAGCAGCAGCGGACCAAAGAGCGAAGAGCCCGCAUGCCCAGCCCUCGCAGGAACCCAGCCCUACUCAUGCUGGACCUCAAUGAUGAGAACAGCAAUCAGAGUUCCAUUUCGGAGACCUCCUUGCUGAAAGGCGGGGACACCAGCCCCAGCUCCACCCUGGACCGCAGCCAGACUGUAACUCCCACCCCACUAGGGGAGCUCAAGGCAGAGGACUCUCAGCCUCCUUUGCUGGGGCAGGAAGGAGAGUCCGGAGUGUUGCUUCUGGAGGGGACAGAUGAACCUCCCAUGCUUACCAAAGAAGAGCCGGAUUCCAAGACAUCAGAGACCCAGGACACAGCAGACCCUGCGAAGCCCGCGAAGGAGGCCUUCGAAGUACCAACGCCUGAGGCAGAACAGCCGCCUGAGGCUCCGCCAUUGAAGCGGAUGCGCAGUGAGGCACAAGAGUCGGAGUCCAGCCAGCCCUCAGAUGCUUAACCUCAGGCCUGCUUUUGCUCUCCCCAUCUCUUUUGACAGGGGAGGGAGAGGGGACUUGCUGGGAGAUAUAUAUUAACAUAUUAUGCUAAAAUAUGGUGGCCAGCCCACCUUUAUGCCACCUUGCCCACCUGGGCACUGUCACCAUUUCACUACGCUUGCUGCCCCCUGGUGCAGCCGCUGGGCAAACAGAAGACUGUUGUUGGUGAAUAAACAUGGCGGCCAUCCUUGGAUACCCUCAGAAGCCAUGUUUGUUUACAUUCAACAGCCCCUUUCCCCCCCACAGUGUGCAUGCAUGAUUCGCAGUAUUAAAAGGAAAUGUGCUGGUGGGGAGCAAAGCUCAAGCAAAGGCAGGUGGGGAGAUUAUGGUGACAAGAGGGGAACUGGGAAGGUUUCCUGAAAGGCCCGGUGGACCUAAUACAUCAUAUAGAGAUCUCUGGCACUGUGAGAGAGGAAGGGAGGCAUAAGCACACAAGCCCAAAGAAAAAGGAACAAAGGCUUGAUUUAGGAAAAAUAAAUAAAUCAGGAAAGCCACAAACUCCCAGGUUGUUGUUUUUUUCUACCCCAGGUUAGAGAGCUUGAGGGCAUCUGGGGGUUUAAAAGCCAAGCUGCAUGGACCACCAAACCCACCCAAAAUCCAAAUUUUACAACUGGGAAGAAACAUCUGGCAAAUACAGCCAAAUAAGGAUCUUUGCUUACUUCUGUAUAAUUGUAUUGUUUUUGUUUUUCGAAGGAGAGGAUUGUGGAGGUGUUUCUGAGCUCUUCAGAAUUGCAGAUUGCAUCAUCUCUCACACAGUUUUCUAGGCACACAGGAUACUGUGGAGCCCAGAUUAAGGGAAGGAU